AUUUAAAAUUUAUACAGUAAAACAGCAAUUCAUCUAGUUUAGGGACUAAAUUGGGGAUCUGUACCAAAUUUGAGGGGCCAAAUUGACGUUUUACUGCAUGGUUAUAGCCCUACCCUUAAUUUUAUUCUUGAGAUUGUCGUAAACAGAGCUUAUGUUCUUAACUUUGUUGCAUCUACCAGACGGAUAGGCAGUCGGUUAAUGGUCAACCCAUUUAGUUGGGCAGUCUUUUCCCUUUUUGUUUAUACAUCAUACGUACUAACUUACCAUAUGCUAUUGCUGGAAAUAUUUUUUCAGCUUGAUUCCCUGAAGCCCAAGGAGAGCUUGGUACUCAGGCAGAGAUACGGACUUGACGGUAAAGGUGACAGAACAUUAGGAGAAAUUGCUGGGAACUUAAAUAUUUCAAGAGAAAUGGUUCGGAAGCAUGAAGUUAAGGCUCUGAUGAAGCUUAAACAUCCAGCUCGAGUGGAUUAUCUUCGUCGACAUGUUGUCUGAUCAGCUUAUUAUCUUCUCUUUCACCUACAUAAAUAUUUCUUCUCUGUAUGUUCUCUCAUCUCCAUGCUUUAGCUAUAUCCUUAUUAUCUGUAUCAUAGUCAUUUAACUUCAUCAACAUAAAAAUAGAAUCUCAUACACCAGAAUGUAUAGUUUGAAUUCUCAAGAUCAAAAAUCACCAAUUAUACCAGUAUUGUCUUUUCCUCCGUGAUAAUGACCUGAUAUUGUUUCACAUGGCAGACUGAUUGCAUUAGGU